CGGCGCGUCACCAACAGCAGCGGCCCUGUCCCGCGGCCCCGCCAUGGACAUCGCGCUGUCUCCAUCAAGGAGCUAAUGGUCGUCUUCGGCGGCGGCAACGAGGGCAUCGUGGAUGAGCUGCACGUUUACAACUCAGAUCCCUGUACCUCCUCCCUGGUGGUGGAAUGAGACGAGGGCAUGUCCUGAAUGGCUGAGGAUCUUUAAUGAUGGAUGCCGCCUUCUUGAGGCCGUAAGACAUGGGAGCAGAAUUAGCAACCAACCAGUGGUUCAUCCCAGCAGUGAGGGGAGACAUUCCUGCAGGAUGUGCAGCAUAUGGCUUUGUGUGUGAUGGGACUCGUCUGUUGGUGUUCGGUGGCAUGGUGGAGUACGGGAAGUACAGUAAUGAGUUGUAUGAACUACAGGCAAGCAGAUGGGAAUGGAAAAAAUUGAAAGCCAGAGCCCCCAAGAAUGGCCCCCCACCAUGUGCCCGCCUUGGCCACUGCUUUUCAGUCAUUGACAAUAAAUGUUAUUUAUUUGGGGGAUUAGCCAAUGAUAGUGAAGAUCCAAAAAACAAUAUUCCACGGUAUUUAAACGACUUGUAUAUAUUGGAGCUUAAGCCUGGCUCUGGAGUUGUGGGUUGGGACAUACCAGUCACGUACGGAACUCCACCUCCACCCAGAGAGUCUCACACCGCUGUUGUGUAUCGCUGUAAAGAUGGCAAUAAACCAAAACUCGUCAUCUAUGGUGGAAUGAGUGGCUGUCGACUUGGAGACCUGUGGAUUCUGGACGUUGAGAAUUUAACGUGGAACAAGCCAGAAGUUGCCGGAGUUCCGCCUUUGCCCAGAAGUUUGCACUCUGCCACAAUGAUUGGAAGCAAAAUGUAUGUUUUUGGUGGCUGGGUCCCCCUUGUCCUGGAAGAUGUCAAAGCUCCCACGCAUGAGAAAGAAUGGAAGUGCACAAAUACUCUGGCAUGUCUGGAUCUUGAAACAAUGACUUGGACUCAGAUCUCAACGGAAUCAUUUGAGGAUAACAUCCCUCGUGCCAGAGCUGGUCACUGCUCCGUCUCGAUAAACACACGUCUGUAUGUGUGGAGUGGUCGAGAUGGCUACCGGAAAGCUUGGAACAAUCAAGUCUGUUGUAAAGACUUGUGGUAUCUUGAAACAGAAAAGCCUCCUGCUCCUGGCAAAGUUCAACUGGUUCGAGCAAGCACCAACUCCCUGGAGGUCAGUUGGGGGGCAGUACCCACAGCCGACAGUUACUUGCUUCAGCUCCAGAAGUACGAUAUGCCAGCAACCACUGCCGCCGCGGUGACCCCUUUGACAAACUCUGCCGUGUCGGCCGUACGGCCAUCCAGCAGUCCUGCUCCUGCAGCCACUGCUCCAGCUUCGUCCUCACCAGCACAGACAGGAAUCCGCAUUGUUACGCAGGCUGCUGCCACGCUGGGAACGCAGACUGCCCCCCUAACUCCUGCUGUAACCUCACCAGCUGUACUCAGGAUUCCUUCUGCCGUAGCCACUCCGCGCACACCAGGCACCACAAUGAUUAGGACAGCAGCAAGCCCAGCAGCAGUCACAUCAGUAGCUUCAACCACACCCCUCGUCACUGUACAGCGGCAAGUUGCACCUCAGGUUAAAGCACCCAUCACUGUAGCAACACUUCCACUGAAUAUUCGUAUGGUGAGACCAGCACAGACCACAGCAGGGACUCCACUGACCUCCAGCCCACAGAUGAGUGGAAUGGCAGCUCUGGCUGCUGCCGCUGCUGCCACUCAGAAAAUCCCGUCAAGCACAGCAGUUACCUCAGCUGGCAUCCACCCUGGCACGACCAUGGUGAAAACAGUGGCAGUGACACCUGGGGCCACUACUUUGUCAACUGCUGUGAAAAUGGCCACUCCAUCAGUCAUGGUCAAUGCCCCAGCAACCUCAAUGUUAAAGACAGCUGCUGCUCAGUUAGUGACUCCAGCUCAUACUGCCACCACCACUGCUCCAGCAAGACCCAUUAUUACAGUGCACAAAUCUGGCACUGUCACUGUCACCCAGCAGACUCAGGUGGUCACCACUGUGGUGGGAGGGGUCACCAAAACAAUCACGUUGGUUAAGAGUCCCAUUACCAUGGCAGGAGGAAGCACGCUGAUUUCAAACCUAGGCAAAGUGCUAACCCUACAAGCAAAACCAGGGCAACAGGCCACCAUCUCCGGCACAGGCUCUACUGGGCCACUUACACAGAUCUUCCAGACUAAAGGUCAACUGCCUCCAGGGGCCACCAUAUUAAAGCUCGUGACUUCAGCAGAUGGAAAGCCUGCCACCAUUAUCACCACCUCCCAGGCAGGCAACGUGGGCCUUAAGCAGGCAAUUGUGAGCCUUGGCAACAUGUCACCUGCCUCUUCUAAACCAACAACCACCAUUCUCAAAACUAUCCCUAUGUCUGCACUUAUUUCACAGCCUAGUGCCACAGGUGCCACAGGGACUGCUGGGAUGAAAUCGCCAAUUACAAUCAUCACCACAAAAGUAAUGACAUCUGGAACUGGAACACCAACAAAAUUUAUUACUGCUGUGCCUAAAUUACAGGCAGGGCAACAAGGAUUGACCCAGGUUUUGCUGAAAGGUACUGCAGGGCAGCCUGGCACAAUACUACGAACAAUCUCUGGGACACCAGUGAGUGGUGUGAGGUUGAUCACCCCAGUGACCGUUUCUACCACCAAACCAGCACUCACAACUUUGGUAGUGAAAGGAACCACAGAUGCCACUACUUUGGGGACGAUAGGCACCACACUGGCAGGAGUGUCUACUGUAUCGCCCGCAGUCAACACUCCCAUUGCAACCCUUGGUGCCAUCACCAACCUUGCCGGCCAGGUAAUCAGUGCAUCCCCCAAUACCUCUCAGAAACUCACAGCAGUAACUGGAAGCUCUUCCACAGCUCCCAUCAUCACUCUUCAGCCUGCUUCUGAGCCAAACCGGGUGACGAUUGUUGCUACCCCCAGUGGCAUGGUGACGCAGCAAGCCCAACAGCUCGUAAAUUCAGGCUCCACUUUAGUUGCAGCAUCUCGGCCUCCCACCGUGUCAUCAGAGACGCAGACCCAGCAGGUUGAGUUGUUGGAAGUACCAGUUAGGUGUUCGAAUCCCCCUCAUGAGACGAUGGAAACUAACACCACCAAUACAUCUACAACCACCACCGCAAAUAUCGCAGCUAACCAGGUCCAGCCUCCACCCAUGAAUGCUCAAGGUCUCCCUGAAAGUGUGCAUGGUGAAACUGCAACCGCAGGGACAACCAACACCGCAACCACUGCAGCUCCAGCUCAGAGCGGGGCGGUUACCAUGGUAACGCAGUCUACACCUGCGCCUGGGCCCUCCACACAGGCAAUCCCAUUGACUGAAACUCAACCGAAUAACAACGAGCAAGGAUCUGUGCCAACAAUAGGGCACACCAUCUUACAGAUUCUGCCUGCCAGCUCUUCAGGAGCAACGGCCAAUGUCACGCUACUUGCCCAAGCAGCGCCCGAAGGAGUUCAGGUGCCCAGUGCCCCAGCAGUGCCGGCAGUCCAACCCCAGUCCGCAGUCAGCCUCCAGCAGGACCAGCUCCUUCCUCCCCGUGAAUUGCUUGCUGACAGCCGGCCUGAGGCCCUGGCUGACCUGGGACUGUCCCCCGAGGAGCUGGCAGUAGCAGCAGCCGCUGAGGAAGCAGCACGCUUGGCAUUGCUGGAUGAAGAACCCAGAGUAACGACGACAGUACCAGGGGCUGCUCUGCCAUCUACUGAGGCUACAGCAAGGGAAGAGCCUAUGGAAACCUCAGCAGAUUUGACAACAAUUCAGCCAGCACAGCUUUCUCACCAGGCUCUGCAGACACUGGUGUCCCUGCAGUCUGUUGUACCGUUAGCUGAACUUGCACAACAGGACAUAGAAAGAGCAGGCCAGCAACAGGCUUCAGAGAGCAACCAACCCUCCCGGCUAGCAGAGGCUCUAGCACCAGCAGAUAGUCUCAAUGAUUCUACCUCGGAGAUCAAUGGGCCUCAGGAACUGGCCAACACUGCCCCAAGUGUUCAGCUACCCAUUCUGAGUACCACUGGUCUGGCACCAUAUACUUCUCUACUGACACCAUCAACCAACUCUGCUUCCAGUCCAGUGAAACUACAGGCAGCCACUGCUCUAGCCCAAGUAGCCAAUGGAAUUGGGCUUCCUGCAUCGAAACAGGAUGCAUCUCCUGUGCAGCCAAAGCCAACCGCCAGGAAGGAAGCCAAUCAGUGGUAUGAUGUUGGCGUAUUUAAAACUACAAGCACUGUAGUGGUUUCCUAUUAUUUGCCUGCAGAGGGCUCCCAAGGAGAAGAGGACGAAAAUGUAGACAAUGUCCCAGACCACAGCAACCUGAAGACUGUGAAACUGCAGUCGGGCACUGCCUAUAAGUUCCGUGUGGCCGGAAUAAAUGCUUGUGGACGAGGUCCAUUCAGCGAAAUUUCAGCCUUCAAGUCUUGUAUCCCAGGAUUCCCAGGUGCACCAUCUGCCAUCAAGAUCAGUAAAGUUGCCGAGGGUGCACAACUCUCCUGGGAGCCCCCUGCCGUCACCUCUGGAAACAUUAUUGAAUAUUCCGUGUAUUUAGCACUUCCAGGAUCACAGGCAGCAGAUCCCAAGCCUGUGGGGACUUCACAUCUGCUGUUUGUCCGGGUGUACUGUGGGCCACUCCCCAGUUGUCUGGUGUCUUCAACCAACUUGGCAAAUGCACAUGUUGACACAACAACAAAACCUGCAAUAAUCUUCCGGAUAGCAGCCAAGAAUGAGAAGGGCUAUGGACCAGCCACACAGGUCAGGUGGCUACAAGAUGCCAGUAAAGAUGGGGCAAGGCCUGCAGUCAAGCGUCCUGUCACAUCCCCUGAUAACAAGCUAUUAAACGUGAACAAGAAGGCCAAACCAGACGGGUCCUAACUCUCUUGUGCAUAGUGAACUGUCGCCUUUUUAUUUCGUACACCGAAGAACAUGCUUGGCUUUGAAUCCACCUUGGUAUGCCGGCACACAUUCUGUUUGGAGGGUUUCGUUUCAGUAGAGAACAGUCUUCGCUUUUGUUACUGUUCAUUUAAAAUGAGGACUGUAUCUCAGCAGAAACCUGCAGUGAACUGAUGGUGUUACUUGAAGGAAAGGCACCCUGUUGCGUGGAAUUUCGUUCGUUUGCCAAAUUAUCUAUGGUCGAUUUAUACAGACUUUCUCAUCAGAGUAAACCAACUUUAUUUUGUUUUUCUAGUUCCUUCUCUUUCCUGACCUUGUGAUUCUUACUCAUUUUAUUUUGACAAAAUGCACAUCAGGGCCAGAAUGCUCACCCAGUCAGGCGUUCUGUAAAAGGAAAAUGACACUUGGGAUUGCAGGUGUCCUCCACUCAUUGCCUGCUUCUGCCCUUCUCAGAGUAACUGGGAAUCACUCACUUUACACCCCGCUGUUUGGAGGAAUUUUGCAGUGAAAACCACUUCUUCCACUCCACCCUGCCUCCAGUCUGUUCUGUUUGACAACUGAAGCAACUGCUGGAGUCCUGGUAAAUGCUUCAUGGUGCAUGUGUACUCACGUCCUGUAUCUUCUCAGAGGGAAUUCGGAACAUAGUUUGUUUUAAUGCCCUCUUAUAACACCUAUUGGUCAGGAAAAACCUCUGUGCAACUGGUUUAUAAAAUUGAGGUUUUGUAUUAAGAUGGCUGCAGGGAGAGGAGGAGUAGAAAUUAAUUCCAUCACUAGAGUUAUGGGAACUUGAUUGCAGAAAAUGAAUAUAGAGGAGGAAGGCAAGAUCUUAUUUUUUGUUUUGAUUAUAAUCUGUAUAGUUUUGCCUGAGGCAGCUCUAUUUUUAUCCAGUCGCAGGUUGAGUACACCAUUGUUAAGGCCGGCAGCCUUUGCCCUUCCUUAGUUGCUCUUGGUGAGCUGCUGCCUUCAGCCUUCCCACGUGAAGCUGCUCACGCUACCCGGUUGGGUUGGGAUUAGCAAGAUGGUUCCAAGAGAGGAAUGGUGUGUGACUUCAGGCUUUUUCUUGUGCCUGUUGCCCCAUGGAGUGAAUGAAAGGAUGUGCUGAGAUAUGGCCGUAAAGUGUUGUGUGGACUUGCUGGUUAAACAAGAGGUGGUUAUGUAUCUCAGACUUUCCCCAAAUUUGGGAAGUGAGCAGGUGGUAGGAGGGAGACUGAUUGCAAAUAAAAUGCUUCUGCUUUCGUGCCUGACAGUCGAUAACAGCAGGAGAUGUAAAUGUGAAGAUAAUGUCACCAUCUCUGCAUUGAAAAAUGCGUGGUUGUAUGUGCUCUGCACACAAUCCCUCAAAUUCAGUAUACAUAUUGUUACUGAACACUGCCUCCUGGCCCGGUUGUCACUGAAUAAUAAUGGAAAGGCGGAGUGUGGAAUGGGAGGAAAACAGCACCUGCAGGAAAGGAAUAUUCCCAAAGCAAGGCAGCUGCCAAAUAAACACAACUUCAGAGUGUGAGCAAUUGAAACGUCGUAGGGCUGAGUCAUUUCAGGAGUGGUACAGCCUGCCUGGUUGGGUGUUCCUGACUGACCAAUGUUCAGCAUUGUAUUUAGCAUGUCAUGGUGUGUUUCUCAACACAAGAGCCCUGUUUUGGAAACAGCUCAGGUCGGUAUGAGUUACACUCACAAGGUCAAAUGAAAACAUCCCCAAGCGGUUAAGUAAUCAUGUGGGCUAUAAGUUCUGAGUUUAAGCAAGUGUGCCAUUCUACUUGCUUAUGGAUACCGACCAUUGCAUGGAAACGAUGAGGACAGAAUAUCCUCUCUCAAGUGUUGUGUGGAAAAUUUAGAUUCUUCCUAGUUUAAUGGGCAGAAGUUUUCAGAAACUCCUUAAAUCUUUAUUGUCAGAAGGGGAGCCUCAUCUGGUCCUUCUCAUAACGGGUGUAGUGGGAGGACAAUCCCAUUUGAGUGGUUCCUUUAUACUUGUGCCUCUGAUGGGGCAACUGACCAGUAGCUAUCCUGAGCCCCAUCUAAGAAUGGCUGAGGGAACUGAAACCAGAUUGGAAGAACUACCUGGGCAAUAGAUUCUUCUUUUUAAACUAGUUCUGUGCCAAAAACAUUGUGUAUUUUAUCCUCUGCAGUGCUUGCCAGGGACACACCAAUUAAUUCAUUUAUGUUCCUUUUCCUCAAAGAUGGCACUUGAGCAUUAGAAUCUGCAGCCUUCUGAUCAAUGCCUGGCAUUGUUCUCCAAGGAUUUCUUUGGCAUGCUGAUGCUACUAUGUAUUGACAUGCCGAUGUAAUUCUUUCCCCCUCUGCCACGGAUGGCCCUGCGUUAUUGCUUUCUGUUUAAUGGCUAGACUCAAAAUAGACUAGAACCCACAUGUACCAAUAUUUUUGCCGGUGCUGCAUUGAUAGACCAGUGUUAACCAGUACGGUAUCGCAGUGUUGCACAAUGAUAAACAGUUUAUCAGUGUUAUACUAUGAAAACAAGACAGCCUUUUUGUAAGCUCUGUUCAUCAUACAAAGUCCUGGGAAAUAAUGUUACCCUUCUGUGAAAUUAAACUUGCACACCUUACAACUAUGAUAGGUAUACGCUGCAGUUUUGCAAGAACAAUAUUAAUAAUGAAACCAGGUAAUGUUGAGAUUGUGAUGAUUCAAAAACAGAACCUGGAGUAAGAUCUUUGCCACAGGUAGUUAAGAAUUUCCUUUGACAAAUACUUCAGUCUAUUUAUAAGUGAUGUUUGACACCUGUAUGUUCCAUAUGGAAAAAGAAACAGCCUUUUUUAAAUCUCCUGUGAAAGAAAAUGCUCAUUAGACAAUACCCUGGGAAAUAAUGUUACCCUUCUGACAAAUUAAACUUGCACAGCUCAUAACUGCUACUGAUUGAAGGGUCAAAGCCAGACAUUUGUAUCUGGGUGGGAGCACUGAUGUCAGUGAUCAUGAAUUCUGUUCAGCAGUGGGGUUGUGAUUCAGACUUGUCACACCAAAUCACUGUCCAGAGAGAUCAAACAGCACUUCCAAUGGAGACAGUAUAAAAAUCACCCGGUUUUAUGUGCCAGGUUGUGGCAAAACUACAAUUAUAUUUUAAAAUAUAAUAACUGAGCCUGCAUUUUUUAAAUGAUAUAGUUUCCAGAAAGAUCUGAGAGGAGGCAGUAAACGUUCCCUCCCCUUUCCCAUAUUUUAAACCAUUUUGCAAAGAUUAUGGGAUUUGUCUAUCUGGAUUUCAUAACUUUAGAAUCUGUACAUAUGAUUAUAAGCUUUUUUCCCUUCCCCUUUUCCUGGAUCAAUCCUGUCAGUCAGAGAUUGAAAGAGCACCUGGCUGACAAACCAGAAGGCAUUUUCUUGGAGCUUGUGGAUCAGAGCACACAGUUUGUUUUUUUAUUCCGUGGACGGGUCAGUGGCGAAGUUGGAAGGUUUUUGCUCAUGGGGAGAGAGCUGUUCUUUCUGUACAGGGUAUGUGCUUAAAUGAUGGAAAACAUAAAAAGCCAGAAUUUGGCUGCAAUGGUUUUGUAAUAUUAUGUACAGCUUAGAUAGGAAGUGUGCUAAUGUGUUAUUUUUUAUUUUUUAAAGAAAGGUUUUGUAUAGUUUCUACAUGUUUAAAAUGGGUGGGGGGUGGUGUUGGGAAAACGGGGGUAGUUUAGAAUUUACUCUCCAUCUAGUCCUUAGCCCCAAAUGCUGUAUGUAACUAUGUUUCCCCCACGCUGUGAAGUUGGUACCAUUUCUCUGUACAUCUCUGCUGCUUGUAUCAGUUGUAAUGAAUUUAUAUUUUUUUGGAUUAAAGGAAAAACACAAAAAAAUUGUCCAUUGUAGAAAAGUCAAAUUAUAAAUCAUUUUGCUAUCUUUUGUGCUUUUUUUGAAUAAAAUCUGUUUUUGCA